AUGUCGACUAGGGAGCCCCACGGGACAGCACGCCCCCUCAAGUCCCGCCGAGUGCCAGACGAGAAGCGCAAGCGGGCUGCUCAAGCAUGUGACCGCUGCAAGGCCCGAAAGAGCAAAUGUGUUGGCGUCGAUACGGGUCGAUGUCAGAGGUGCACCCGGGAUGAUAGGGUUUGCAAUGUCACGAAGUACUAUUCCGGCGUAUCUCCAAUGAGAUCCGGAUCAACUUCCCCACGACGAACAAGAACAACCGUCGACGGAGUGUCCGAGCCCGCCGGCUUCAAGACCCUUGAGGCUAGUGUGGAUAUCAGCAAUAGCGCAGUGAUGAAGAUAACCUGGCCCAGGUUUCUGCUACAACUCCGUGAAGCGCUUGCUCUGGACCCUCGCAUAGAACUAGAAGAAAGCGAUAUGAUGGCUAUGCAGACUCAAUACCAUCAGCCGACGAUUCUACAACCAAAUGAAAUCAAACGCAUCCACAAAGCAUCUCGUGCCCUUCCCCCACGAGCCGUUGCCGACUUCUUGAUCUGCGUAUGCUUAACCCAUGCGUCCGAUGUUUUCUUCUAUCUCGACCAAUCCCAGUUUCUGGCGGACGUCGACCAAUUCUAUAACCAACCAGCGUCUCCUCUGCGCCUUGAUAGCGGAUUCGUGUGUCUUAUCCUCUCGGUUCUAGCGUUGGGUAGUCAAUGGACGGAGCUAGAAAGGCCGUCAAGCUUUUCAGCGAAUUUACUUCCCGAUGACAGAGAGCCUGGGCGGGUCUUCUUCGAGGAAGCCCGGUCACUAAUUCCAGACCUCAUGGACCGGACCUCCUUGACUUCAAUCCAGGCGCCGUUUAUACUAGGGGUGUACUCGCUUCCAGAUCGGGCACUCGGGUCGGCAUACUCUUAUAUGGGAUUGGCUUUGCGCAAAGCUGUUGCCCUCGAAAUCCAUCAGCAGGGGGAUGAUUCGCGAUUCUCGGAGCACGAGAUACAGGUACGCUGCCGAACAUGGUGGUCGGUGUACUCUUUGGAGAGGACUACUGCUAUUAAGCUGAAUCGUCCACGAUCUAUUGACCCUGCAGACAUUACCACACCUCUUCCAGUGUCCUUGCCUUCCUUGGACCACGCGCAGGCAGUAGAUAACAUCCAGCACCAGAUAGCAUACGCGAGCUUGGUGAUGAUUCUGGAUCGCAUUGCUGACCAAGGGACCAAAGCACGCCAUGGUUCCCAAAUCGAUACAUUGCAACUAGAACUAGAGACCUGGAAGCGCAACCUACCUCCAGCACUACGAGUAGAAAACAUCCGCCCAAAAGAUGCCGAUUACCGUGCCGUCGUUCAUCUACAACUCAACUACCUUUACGCCUGGAUCGUCCUAGGCAAGGGCUCUCUCCUAAAUACCAUCCAAGCUCACGUCCGACGCCAACGGCCGGACGCAGAUACAGUCACACACAUAAGGACUGGGCCAAGCACAGUCCUCGACGACUUGGCGCUAUCCUGCGUUGAAGCGAGCAAAAUGAUCCUGUCAUUAUGCGAAUCCCUGUCACGCAACAAUCUCACUUUUCGUUUUUCUUUUACGGACUUUCAAGGUUGCAGUAUCGCAACCAUAGUAGCUAUUCUGGCUGGAAUUGUUGAGCGAGACGCGCAGUACGAAGCGCGUGUUGCCUUCGGGUUGAAUCAUCUCCGCACUAUGGCGCUCGGCAACCUACCGGCUGAGGUUGGGGUCCGAUUUGUUGAGACCCUGCAGGCGAUCUCGAACGAAGCGUUUGCAAAGCUUGGGAAUGUCGGUGCAUCCGGGGAUGAACAUUAUGCGAGGGAAGCGAGGCACGAAGAUCGGAAUGCAGCUGGGUAUAGCCAGUGGGCCCAAUGGGUCUCAUCGAAAGCCAGCCUGAACAAUACCGAUCAGGGGCGAGAUUUGCAAUUUGAGGUGCCGAAUUCGAGUUUUGGACCGGUGUCCACAUUGUCAACUACUACGUCACUUGCGCAGACUUCAGCCUCGGCGAUCUCGAGCGAUCAUCCCCCGGCGCAUCAGGAUUUGUCGAAUAUGGUGGCGAUGGACUCGCCGCUACCUCUUGACAUCGACCCCCAAAUGGUCUGGAGCCAUGAUGACCAGUUGGCGCUGAUGGGCUUGACAGGGCUAGACAUGCUCGAGUUCGAUAUCUCCUCAGUACACCCAAACCCAUAUACCUGA